AUGGCCAGCCGCGGAGCGAUUGCGGCGAAGCUAGCGAGGGCCAUUUCAGAGUUUGGAGGCCAGCUUUCAAGCUCUCGCACCGGGAGCUUGGCGCAGAUAUGGAUGCCCGAGGCUGGGGAGGACGGCAGCAUCGGCCUGCCCUACUCCAUCAAUGGCGUGGGCGACCUGCUGGCCCUCUUCCGCUGCAUCUCCUGCAAGUACAAGUUCUCCACAGACGUCACGAAGACGCACCAGAUGGGGGCAGUGGGCCGCGUGUUCACCAGCGGCGAGCCGGAGAUGUCGGGGCACGUCCAGCGGUACGACCAGCACGUGUACCUGCGGGCAGCAGAGGCGCAGCGCUGCCGCGUCCACUCCACCCUCUUCAUGCCCAUCUACGGCAGCGCCCAGCGCGGCUCCUGCCUGGCUGUGUUUGAGGUGGUCCUCACAGACCAGGACGUAAACUUUGCGGGCAUGGUGGGAUGGAUCAUCUCCUGCCUCCAGUCUGAGGGCCUGUUCACAGCUGAGGUGGAUACCUCCAGCAUGCAGCAGCAGCGCAUGGGCCUGCGCAGCCUGGGCGCCACCGACUAUGAUGGUGUGUCGGCGCUGGAGUCGGGAGUGGCGGCGCGGCAGGCGCUGGGCGGCGGCGCCGGCGUGCGCCUCACCCUCGCCGCCGACGGCGGCUCGGAGCGGCAGCAGGCGCUGGCGGCCGCGGGGGCGGGCAGCAGCCUGGACAUCCUCACCGCGGCGGCCGGCACGGGGCAGGCGGGCGACACGGCGGGGCGGCCUGCUGCCGUGGGCUGA